GGCCACUAAAGAACACCUCAUUCGCGACGCGGGUGACACACGCACCCAUAGCAGAGGUAGAGGGGCCACAAGUGGAGAAUUGAUGGAAGAGAAUUUAGUAAUUAUCUACUUUUUCUUCUUAGAUGGUAACGAUUGGUGAGGUUUUGGCUGUAUUGACUCAACACGACACAUUGAGCAGUCCCGCAAGACAUAAGUGCUGAUUGUCCAGAAUCAACGUAAACGGGAACAGUGAGGGGGCUUGCGUCGACCCAGAGUGCGCCGAAUGAUGUCCUUUCUAGCGGGGCAGUGAGAAGGAAUCAAAGGUAUCUACAAAAGGAGCUCUAACCUGGCUUUCCAAAAGGUGUCGUUUUGAAAGUCAUGGACAGUGCACUCUACCACUCAGCGGGAAUUUUCGGCUCCCCCUCGGCUUCUGAAAACUUGACUGCAGGCGGAAAGAUGAUCACCCCCACCAAGCCUCUCGCUUUUUCGAUCGAACGGAUUAUGGCCAGGACGCCCGAGCCAAAGUCAAUACCUUUCCCCAACCUAUUCCAUCACACUCCGGUGGGUAGGCCUGAAGCAGACCCGAAGCAAGCUCUCAACAUGACUUCAUCAUCACUACAUUGCAUGAUACCAUUCGUGCCACUGGCAUACGAACCGGGUCAUAAACUAAAUAUUAAUGGAUUGGAUACGAGUCAAUUUGAGGCUUCCUCAUAUAAUUCAAAUGAGUUGGUGGGCAUUGGCUUGAACUAUAAGAACGAACAACCAGAUGUGAGCCCGUCGGUGGGACAAUACAAACUCUUUCGACCGCGGGUGGUGAACCAGUCGUCUUUUCAUGCCAUGGGGGCCGUCUGCUACCUGAACUGCGGGGAGAGUGCGUGCCCACCCCCGGCCAGCAUCGUAAAUAUCCACCCCAUGGCCUCCUACUUUCUCAACACGCCGCUGCAACAUGCACGCCAGAGAGCUUUUCUCGCGGAGAAAAAUAAAGUGUCUCACUGCACAGACAGAUACCCAUCCGGAGUUGCAUUUAAAGACAUUUCCCAAACUCAACUCCAUCACUACAUGAAAGAGAGCGCACAUAUUCUAUCCGACAAACUAUUCAAGGGCUCUUCCAAAUUGAACAGUGCUUGCGCAAGCGGCAAACCCAAAGUAUUCACCUGCGAGGUUUGCGGAAAGGUGUUCAAUGCCCACUACAAUUUAACGCGCCACAUGCCCGUGCACACCGGAGCGAGACCAUUCGUCUGCAAAGUAUGCGGCAAGGGAUUUCGACAAGCAAGCACCCUUUGUCGCCACAAAAUUAUUCAUACUCAGGAAAAGCCUCAUAAAUGCAACCAGUGUGGAAAAGCGUUCAACCGGAGUUCAACUCUUAACACACACACACGAAUCCAUGCAGGUUACAAACCCUUCAUCUGUGAGUUCUGCGGUAAAGGAUUUCAUCAAAAAGGUAACUACAAGAACCACAAAUUGACGCAUAGCGGCGAGAAACAGUUCAAGUGUAACAUCUGCAACAAGGCCUUCCACCAAGUGUACAACCUGACGUUCCACAUGCACACGCACAAUGACAAGAAGCCCUUCACGUGCCCGACUUGCGGCAAGGGAUUCUGUCGGAACUUUGACCUGAAAAAGCACAUCCGAAAACUACAUGAUCUCUCUGGCUCCAAAUCCACUGCCACUCUCGUCACAGGCGAAACACACUAAAAAAGUCCCGGAGCUAAAACGCCAGCCGUUGCGCCUUUACGCUUAUUUGCUCAAAUCUGGAAAUAAGCGUGCGAGUUUAGAAAAUGUUGUGGACAUUUACAUUUGAGUCAUUUAGCAGACGCUCGUAUCCAGAGCGACUUACAGGACCAUUCUAUUAGUACAUAUUUUCCUUGAAUUUUACAUUAUAUAAUGUCAUUACACUGUUGUUUUCUUUAAAUCUCAGGAUUACUGUAAAAUGUCAAUAUUUAUUUGAAAUUGUAACACAAAUAAUUUAAGAGAAUAAUUGAAGACUAUAUACAAAUUAUUUUUUGUUGUGAUGAGUGUGGUAGCCUACCCCAUUUUGUAUGAUGCCCUUGCUAAAGUUACAUGAUUUGCCAACAUUUGUGUAUAUGCAAAGUUUUCAGUGUUGGGGAAUAGCGAAUUUCAUGUAGUUCAACUAUUUAACUACAUUUUGCAUAAACUUGGUGGUAGUUGACCUAAAUUCAAAUCUAGGUAGUGUUUUAAGUAGUUAAUUACUCAUUUUGUAGCUAACUACACACUACUUUUUUUGCUAAAAUAAAAUAUGGUUGAAGUAGGAAAUAAUUUCCUUUUUUUGCUAACAGAUCGGUUUAAGUCUCACUUGAAACAUCGUUUUUGUGUUUAAUAGGCUAAAUUACACAUUUUGUUAACCCCAAUGUGAUCCCUUGCAAUUUGUAGCGCAUGACAUGCAUUUCAGAUUUACAUAUGAUAGUUUUUCACAAAGUAGGUUGGAUGUAGUGAACUACUUUUUCAAAGUAACUUCAGUUAAGUAAACUACAUUUAUCUUAAGGGCAGCUUUAGUGUAGCUUAACUUAAGUAAUUGGUAGCUUGGUAAACUAUAUUUUCUGACUAGCUUCCCCAACACUGAAAGUUUUGCAAAAAAAACGACGUAUUUGACACGUAUAGGCUACAUUGUUAAGCAGGUGCACAUACUAAAUCAUGUAAGUUAUGAAAUGAAAAUAAUGACAAUAAAA